UCAGAACAUCAGUGAAGUACUUAGGUCAUGUAGUGGACGCCCAGGGGGUCCAUACAGAUCCUGAUAAGCUUUCUGCUCUGAAGACUUGGCCACGUCCUUUAAACCGGAAAGAGCUGAAGUGUUUUUUAGGCUUCGCAGGAUACUAUCGGCGUUUCGUCGAAGGGUAUUCGAAGAUAGCCAAACCAUUAAACCAACUAACAGGCGGUUAUCACCCAGCACGGAAAAGAGGCAAAAUUUACAAAAGGCUCAGUGUGGGAGGUGAUCCCAACUCAAAAGUUCCGUUUGGUGAUGAGUGGACUCCUGAAUGUGAAAGUGCCUUUCAGACGCUGAUUGAAAGAUUAACAUCUGCUCCGAUCCUCGCCUUUGCCAAUCCGACAUUGCCAUACAUCCUUCAUACAGAUGCUUGUAGGCAAGGAUUGGGCGCUGCUCUUUAUCAGGAGCAAGAAGGGAGACUCAGAGUCAUAGCUUAUGCCAGCAGAGGAUUGUCAAAAAGUGAACAAAACUAUCCCACACAUAAGUUGGAGUUCUUGGCUCUCAAGUGGGCAGUCUGCGAAAAGUUUCAUGACUAUCUAUACGGCUGCAAGUUCACUGUUUUAACAGACAACAAUCCUCUUACAUAUGUUUUGACAUCAGCUAAGUUGGAUGCUGCUGGUCAUAGGUGGCUAGCUGCCCUCUCCACUUAUAGUUUUGACAUCAAGUAUAGGGCAGGGCAGGCGAAUGGUGAUGCUGAUGGGUUGUCUAGGCGACCCCAAGCCUCUCCAGUUGAAGAUGAGGUCUUCAUUGAAGAGAGGGAGAGAAUAGAGAACCUAAAAAACCGACUCAUGGAUGUAGCUGGAGCCAGCAUUUCUUGUGAAGUCCUCUCAGCUAUAUGCCAGCGUCAUGUGGCAGUUGGCAUGAAGGAGUAUUUUCCUGACACCCUCAUUGCAGAGUCACUUGGAAUCGAUGCGUCAUCAGUGCCUGAUUCUUUUGGGCAAGACAUUCUGCCAUCAAUGACUCUGACAGAUUGGUGUGAUGUUCAAAGAGGUGACCCACUCAUUGGUCAUGUUAUUCGUCUUUUGGAAAAGUCAAAAAAACCAACUCCCAGGGAGAUCCGGCUAGAACACCCUGAAGUGAAGCUCCUGCUGCGACAGUGGCAUAAGCUGGGGCUUAGGGGUGGUGUACUGUACCGCCAGUGGGUUGAUCAUGGAAAACCUGUUUAUCAACUGGUGCUUCCCCAAUCAAUUCGUCAGAGAGCUCUACAGGGCAUACAUGAUGAGAUUGGCCACCUGGGGGCUGAGCGUGCAUUACAUCUUGCUCGAAAUCGUUUUUACUGGGCCGGAAUGGCUAAGGACAUUGAAGAAAAGUGUCAGAAGUGUGAACGGUGUUUCCGAAGGAAAGCUGUUGUUCAGAAAGCUGCUCCAAUGGAGAAUAUAACUACAACAUACCCUCUUGAGCUCAUUUGCAUGGACUACUUGUCUUUAGAACCAGACAGUCGUGAUACACGCAACAUAUUGGUGAUCACAGACCACUUCACUAAGUUCGCAGUAGCUGUACCAACCAGAGACCAAAAGGCAAAAACCAUUGCCAAAGCUUUGUGGGAGAACUUUAUAGUUCACUAUGGGUUCCCUAGUCGUCUGUUGAGCGAUCAAGGUAGGGAUUUUGAGUCCAGAACCAUUAAAGAACUUUGUUCAGUCAUAGGAGCAAUUAAAGUCCGCACAACUCCAUACCAUCCUCGUGGAAACCCAGUGGAGCGUUUCAACAGAACUCUCCUGGGAAUGUUAGGGACUUUAGAGGACAAAGAAAAACACCACUGGAGAGAUUUUGUUAAACCAUUGGUCGAUGCCUAUAACUGUACACGAAACGAUACAACUGGCUAUUCACCUUAUGAACUAAUGUUCGGAAGGCAGCCUCGGCUUCCUGUAGACUUUGUCCUUGGGAUUAGUCCUGAUAGUGGAGAUAAGCAGACACACUCAGAGUAUGUCAAUAGCCUCAGACAGCGUCUUCAAGAGAGCUAUUCAUUGGCCACUGAGAGUGCACAGAGGUCUAGAGACAGAAACAAGAUCAGAUUUGACAAACAGGUUAGGGCUGCCAGACUCCUUGUAGGAGACAGAGUUCUUGUCCGUAAUGUUAACAUCAGGGGCAAGCACAAGUUGGCAGAUAGAUGGGAGCAUAAAAUCCAUGUUGUGACAAAACAGAUUGAUGAUAGCCCCGUCUAUGUUAUAAAACCUGAAACAGGAGUCGGGCCUCACAGGACUUUACACAGGGAUCUUUUGUUGCCGUGUGGUUUCUUACCUGUGCAGGAUGCUGCAAAGCCAGAUCCUCAAGUUAAGGUCACACGAAGGCUGAGACCUAGAUCAGAAAAAACUCAAAACCAGCCAGGAUACCAGAGCAACCCAGAGAGUGACUCAUCAGAUAGUAUGGAUGAACUGUACCCAGCUAUACGAGUCCCAGAUUUCACCAAAACGGGUCCCUUGUUACUGCCAGAAUAUCGAGCUUGUGAGCCAGUAGAGACUCCUGCCACGUCACAUACUGAUAUAUUUACGGAGGUUCUACAGAAUGCAGAUACACCUGCUCAGACAAGUUCUGUAGUCCAGCCUGAGUUCCUGGUAACCUCCCCACAGUUAAGCACAGAAGCUGUUUCUCAGAGUGGAGCUCAGGACUCUGCAUAUGUCAUUAUUGAUAUCCCUGAACCAGAACCCAUACAGGUUCCUCAUUCAGAGCCUGAGAGCACUGAACAUGCUGUACUACAAGAAGAGGGGCCCGAGGUCAGACACUCAAGUAGGCUUAGGCGUCAGCCCCGCAGACUUACCUAUGAUGAGUUGGGGAAACCACUGAUUUUAGCUGUUGGCACAUUCAUCAGGCAACUAGAAUCUGCACUUCUUCAAUCACUGCAGGUCUCUGUCCAGCAGCGCUCGCAUGAAGGGACUUAUGCGGUUUAGAGGGGGAGAGUGUAACCCUGAUUAAGUUUAGAUGUUCAAUCAUACAUCUUAUGUACAGUACCUUUACUCAGACACUAGGGGGAGACACCCUUUUUGAGAGACGUUUCCUAAAGUGUCAAGGAAGGAGGAAGUUUCUUUUCAUUGUUUUUCUUUGAUCUGCGACGACACUGCUAGAUGACGAGACAUCGUGCUUCUUGAAAAAAUCAAAUGCAGCUUUGCAGUGAUCCAGACACUGGAAAAUCGUUUUAAGGAUUCAAGACAGAGUGUGUAUGAAUGAAAAGAUAUCUUGGCUGGUUUUUUCCACGUGCUUCAAGGAGUGGACACGUGCUUCAAUGAGUGGACCGAAUUCCUCCGGAUCUACGCGGAAUUCACGCUUUUGCUGUGGCUCCACCUGAACUCAAGUUUACCUGAUUUUCCCAGACUUACAGCUUCGAAACCAAAGGAGUGGUAAAGCUUCAUUUCCCGUCUCAGGACGUGCAAGUAUUAUUUUUUCAAUUUUUCUAAGUGCACUUCUUUUUUCCCCCCACCUCCAUUACUGGAGCCUUUUUCAGUUUUUUCUAUUUUUUUCUUCUGAGAUCUCAGAAUUUAAGGACUUUACUCCAUAAAGGGUAUUUGUUUUCAGUUACCAUUUAAGGUGUUGUUGGAUCCAACGGUGAUUUAUUAAGAAAUACUGAAUAUUAUUCUAUGUUGUGAUUGAUUGAUUUUUCGGUUCUUUCAUUGUAUCUUGUUUUUUUUUACACCACACCCAUAAUUUAAUUUUUGUUCUCAAUUUAUAUGUUGAUGUCAACAUUUUAUUUCCAUGAAAGGAUGUGUACUGAAUAACUUGAAAAAAAUCUGAAUAUAGAUUAUUUUUCCUUUCUACAAUUUGAUCUGUGUCAAGUGUGUUAUUGUGGGUCGGAAGGGUAAUUAGUAUCUACUACCGCAUUCCUCCUGUACAAACCUUGAGUAUAAAGAAAGAAGUUCACAUUGCGAGCUUAGUUGACCUCCCACCUAGGGUUAUCCAGGUAGGCAGGGUUACACAGGCAUUUCCGGUGAGCGUUUUCUACUCCAAGU